AAUGACAUUGGCUGUUUGACUUUUGACUCAUGCCAGAUGAUUAUUGUUUACAAAUUGAAGGAUUUUGCGUAUUAUUUACGUAAAUUCUGUUAUUGAAAUAUUAUCAAUUAAUAAAUUAACAAUGUUUAAUUUAUGACGUAGAUGUAGUGUAAGUUUAUAAUGUAUUGUAAGUGAAUUCAGUAAUCGUUGAAUAUUACAUCAGUAAAGUCCUUUGUUCGCGUGUUUAAAAAUGGCAUUGAAAAUCGUAUUUCUUGGCUUAGUUUUAUUUAUUACGCCUAUAUUAUGUUAUAAACCGGUGGUUUUAAUCCAUGGGGUCAUGACUGGGAGUGCUAGUAUGGAAAUGAUUAAAUUCAGAAUUGAAGAGCAACACCCAGGAACAAUAGUGUACAAUGUGAACAGAUUCGAGAGCUGGUCCAGUUUGGAGACAAUGUGGCACCAAGUUCUGGAAAUUGGUAUGGAUAUUGCCAAUAUAUCGGCCAGCCAUCCUGAAGGAAUUAAUCUUAUUGGGUAUUCCCAAGGAGGGCUGAUAGCGCGCGGCAUAGUGGAGACAUUCCCCAAUGUAUCAGUUAGCACAUUUAUAUCUCUGAGCUCACCACAAGCUGGACAAUAUGGAGCUGGCUUCCUCCACCUAGUAUUCCCCGGUCUAGUCAAAGACACAGUCUACGAACUAUUUUACUCUCGAGUGGGACAGCACACAUCCGUCGGUAACUACUGGAACGAUCCCUACCACCAGAGCUUGUAUGAGACCUACAGUGUGUAUCUACCGUAUAUUAAUAAUCAUAUUAAAUCAGCGAAAUCGGAGGACUUCAAGAAAAAUCUACUAAGACUGAAGAGAUUGGUGCUCAUUGGAGGUCCAGAUGAUAAUGUGAUUACACCCUGGCAAAGCAGCCAAUUCGGGUACUACGAUGCGAACGAGACGAUUAUCGAGAUGAAAUCCCAAGAUAUUUACAUGGAAGACAAGAUAGGUCUUCGUACCCUCGACGAGAGCGGUCGUCUCCAUGUCGUGACCGUCCCAGGAGUCAACCAUUUCAGCUGGCAUAUGAACAUCAGCAUCGUUGACGACUAUUUGCUACCGUACUUGGAUUAGAAACUUUUUUGAAUGAAAACUCCUCGGAAAAAUCAAAAUAUACAGCUAAAAACCCUUUUUACAUGAAAGGAUUUUUUAGUUAUAAAUCCGCUGGCUAAAGUUCUUAACUUCAGAAGUUUAAAGAAAAGUCGGUUAAAAAGAUAAAAAUGGCAAAAACAAAAAGUUUAAAAAUGGUACAAAACAGUUUUAAAAUACAAUUGGCUUUUCAAAAUUAUUGAACAUUAUUUCAUUUUUUUACGGACAUGGUAAUUUGUAUACUACAAAUAAGUAAUAAAACGAAUUUAUAAUAUAGCCAAAUAGAAUUUCGAAUAUCAGAAAAAAAGUGAUUGGUAAUUUAAAAUUUUAAUUUAUUUAGGUAGGCAAAUUUUACAUAACUAACUCAUUUAGUUUAUAGUUUUAUGAUUUAGUAGCUUUCUCGAUAUACAUUGUAUCUCGUUUGCUAAUAAUACCUAAGUAUUUUUUGUCGAUCUGAUUUGAACCUUUAAAAUAACUUCGUAUUGAAGUUUUAUUUAUUGUGCAUAUCUAUGUAAAAGAAUCUGAUUAUAACACAUUCAUCUUUGCAAAUAAUACUGUUCCUUUUUUAGCAAUUUUAAUAAGUAUUAAUAUAAUAAUGCCAAAAUAUUGAAGCUAUGAAUUGGAAUUUUGAAAAGUGAUCUUUUUGUAUUGUAUUGAAUUUUUACAAAGCUCAUGUUAAAUAACUUAAAAACUAGAAUACCUAAAUUUCUUGGCUAAUUAAUUUAUUUAGAAGGUACUAAGUAUGAAAUAAUGUUAAAUUACGCACAAAAAUGUAUACAGACGCAUACAUUUACUUUGAGGCGGUUUUCAGCUCAAUUCUCAUUUCGUGUGAAUUUUACAAUGCACUAUUAGUUUCUAAGCCUAAUUAUUAAUAAGUUACUAGAAAGUUUAGAAAAACAAUAGAACUUUUCCUAGUAAUAUAAUUAGAUUUAGAAUUGAUUGAUCUUUAAUAAUUUCGCCCUUUAGAUGGCAACAAUAAGUCGAAUUACCUAUAAUUUUAUCGUAUGGCAACAUUUUUUUAUCAAUCUCAUAAUAUUAAACAAAGGCUCAAUUAUAAUGAUUAUUGUAAUUCCUGUAUUUAAAUCAAAUCGUGUUUAUUAUCAUGUUUUAAUAUCUCGUCUUGAUGAUUUUUAUCUAUUUGUACUUAUUUAAUUUGAUACCAGUUUAAGAAUAUUAUGUUUGUUUAAUAACAUUUUUAAAAGGUACUAAAAUCACAUGAAAUCGCUCUGAAAUUUGAUAUCAAAAAAUUCAUUUAAAAUGUAUUCAGAAAACCACUAUUUUUCAAUUCAUUUUACAUCUUUCUACAUUAUGCAUGUAUUUUAUAUAAUUUUACUGACAAUAGUUCAAAUAAUUAAUAAUUUCUGUGUUAAGUAGGCUUUUUAGUC